AUGCUUUUAUAUUUUACUGUGUUGAUCUUAUGUGGAUGUAUUAAUGGCGCUCGUUGGACAGCUGAAAAAGCGAAUGCUUGGUAUGCUGAGCAACCUUGGUAUUUUGGAGCGAACUUUGUACCAUCGACUUCCGUGAAUGAAAUCGAUAUGUGGCAAACAUUUGAUACUGCAACCAUGGAACGAGAACUUGGAUGGGCUAAAGAUAUCAAUAUGAAUAUAAUGCGUGUUUUUCUUCAUGUUCUCUUUUAUCAACAAGAUGCUCAAGCAUAUUACAAACAAAUGGAUGAUUUUCUUACUAUUGCCGAUAGAUUUCACAUUAAAAUUGCUUUUGUUCUUUUUGAUGAAUGUUGGCGACCUGAACCCAAAUUAGGUCCACAACCAGAUCCUAUUCCAGGUCAACAUAAUUCUCAAUGGGUACGAUGUCCAGGUCAAGAAUCGCUUCUCGAUCAAACCAAAUGGCCUUUCUUAAAACAAUACACAACUGAUAUUCUUUCUCGCUUUUCAAAUGAUUCACGUAUAAUCUUCUGGGAUCUAUACAACGAACCUCAAUGCAGUCAACAAGUACCUAUCGUCUUACCAUUACUUCGUGAAAUUUAUUCUGCUGCUUUAACAGCUAAUCCUCAACAACCACUUACAUUUGGUAUUCUUCCUGAACCUUUAAAUGCUUCAUUAUCUGUAUUUGAAUUGGAAUCAUCUGAUAUAAUAACCUUUCAUAAUUAUCAACCUCUUGCAGAUCUUAUGGAACAAGUUGCUGGAUUACGAAAAUUCAAUCGACCAUUAAUUUGUACCGAAUACAUGGCUCGACCAGUUGGUAGUACUUUUCAUAUAAAUACUUUAUUUUUUCAUCAAGAAAAAAUUGGUGCAAUCAAUUGGGGACUUGUAGCCGGUAAAACACAAACAUAUUUUCCAUGGGGAUCACCAGAAAAUGCUUCUACUCCACUCGUAUGGUUUCAUGAUAUUUUUAAUGCCAGUGGAAAACCUUUUUCACCAUAUGAAGUACAAUUUUUCAAAGAUCUUGAUGGAUCAAUCACAACAAUAUCUACUUCAGUCACACCAACAUCUACUUCAGUCACACCAACAUCUACUUCAGUCACACCAACAUCUACUUCAGUCUCACCAAUAUCUACUUCUAAUAUAAUUUUAAUAGACAUGCUGCUUCUAUUCUUUUGUCUUUUUAUUUUUUAA